AGCAUGUCCUUGGCGUUCUGCGGGAGCGAGAAUAACUCGGCGGCCUACAACGUGGACGGGGGCGUUCUUAACAAUGGCUGCUUCCUGGACGCGCUCAACUUGGUGCCCCACGUCUUCCUCCUUUUCAUCACCUUCCCCAUCCUCUUCAUCGGUUGGGGAAGUCAGAGCUCCAAAGUCCACAUCCAUCACAGUACGUGGCUCCACUUUCCCGGGCACGACCUGCGCUGGCUACUCACCUUCGUGCUGCUCUUCAUCCUGGUCUGCGAAAUCGCCGAAGGCGUGGUCUCCGACGGGUUCAGCCGAUCCUACCACCUUCACCUGUACAUGCCGGCGGGUCUGGCUUUCAUGGCCGGCAUCACCUCCAUCAUCUACUACCAUAAUAUCGAGACCUCCAAUUUCCCCAAAUUACUAUUAGCCCUCCUGAUCUACUGGCUUUUGGCCUUCAUCAUGAAGACCGUCAAGUUCGCCAAAUACACGCAGCACGGUAUCGGCCCCGGGCAGCUGCGCUACUGCAUCACGUGCUUGCUGGUGCUGCUCUACGGACUCCUGCUGGCCGUGGAGAUCAAUGUCAUCCUGGGCAGGCGCUACAUGUGUUUCGCCAAGCCCACCGAAGUCAAGCCCCCCGAGGACCUGCAGGAUCUGGGCGUGCGUUUUCUCCAGCCCUUCGUCAACCUGCUGUCCAAAGCCACCUACUGGUGGAUGAACACCUUCAUCACCUCGGCUCACCGGCGACCCAUCGACCUCAAAGUCAUCGGGAAGCUGCCCAUCGCCAUGAGGGCCCUCACCAACUACGAGAAGCUCCGCAAAGCUUUCCAGGAGCAGAAGCGAGCUGAGGGCCCGUCGCCGCAGGGCCCCAAGUGGAUCUGGCAGGCGUUGAGGAAAGCCUUCGGGCGACCGCUGGUCCUCAGCAUCACCUUCCGUUUCCUGGCCGACCUGCUGGGCUUCGCCGGUCCGCUCUGCGUCUCGGGCAUCGUCCAUCACAUCAGCAAGGACAACCGCACCAGCCAGCAACCGGCGCGGUUGCUGGGUCUCUACUUCCUUUCUUCUAAGGAGUUUCUGGAGAACGCGUACGUGUUGGCCGUCCUGCUCUUCUUCGCGCUCCUCCUGCAAAGAACCUUCCUGCAGGCUUCUUACUACGUGGCCAUCGAGACCGGGAUCAAGCUCCGCGGCGCCAUUCAGACCAAAAUCUACAACAAGAUCAUGCGCUUGUGCACGUCCAACAUGUCCAUGGGCGAGCUGACCGUGGCGCAGAUUUGCAACCUGGUGGCCAUAGAUACCAACCAGCUCAUGUGGUUCUUCUUCCUCUGCCCUAACUUGUGGGCCAUGCCCGUACAGAUUGUGGUGGGAGUGAUCCUGCUGUAUUACCUCUUGGGAAUCAGUGCCUUGAUCGGAGCCACCGUGAUUGCCGUGCUGGCCCCGGUUCAGUAUUUUGUUGCCACCAAGCUGUCGCAGACCCAGAAGGGCACUCUGGAAUAUUCCAGCGAGCGGCUGAAGAAGACCAACGAAUUGCUGCGAGGCAUCAAAUUACUCAAACUGUACGCGUGGGAGCGCAUCUUCUGCGACAGCGUGGAGGAAACCCGGGGCAAGGAACUCACCAGCCUGCAGGCCUUUGCGCUUUACACGUCCAUAUCCAUCUUCAUGAAUGCGGCUAUUCCCAUCGCGGCCGUCUUGACGACAUUUGUGGUUCACGUGCACAUCUCGGAGGAUGCCGAUUUGUCUCCGGCCGUGGCCUUCGCCUCCCUCUCUCUCUUUCACAUCCUGGUCACGCCGCUCUUCCUGCUCUCCAGCGUGGUGCGCUCCACCGUCAAAGCUCUUGUCAGUGUUCAAAAGCUGAGCGAGUUUUUCUCAAGUGAUGAGAUCGGAGACGAGCUGGAGCCUCGACCCGCGGCGACCUCGGUCUCCAACAACCAUAACCAAAAUCGCUACCAGGCAGUGGGACCGGUCCUGACCGUGCCCGUUCAUCAGCCACUAAAAGUGGUGAACAGGAAGCGUCCCCCGAGAGACGACUGGAAUAACUAUGGCUUACAAGGGGAGCGCCAGGGUGACGGACCCCCGCCGAUCGUGGACCAAGAUGUUUGUAUCAAGAUUUGCAACGGUUACUUCACCUGGACAGAUGGACCACCCACACUUGCCAACGUGGACAUUAUGAUCCCCUUCGGCAAGCUGACCAUGAUUGUGGGCCAAGUGGGUUGCGGGAAAUCCUCCUUGUUGCUGGCAGCCCUGGGCGAGAUGCAACGCACAUCGGGGACUGUCACCUGGAACAGUCUGCCCAGUUUGGAGUCAGAAGGCGACGAAAGUCCCACCGACAGAGACACAGCCGGUGAUGGUGAUAUCAGGAAGAGAUGCGCGGUGGCCUACGCGUCCCAGAAGCCUUGGCUGCUGAACGCCACCGUCGUGGAGAACAUCACCUUCGAGAUGCCCUUGAUUAAGAGCAGAUACAAAACGGUGAUCGAGGCCUGCUCUCUCCAGCCCGACAUCGACAUCCUCCCGCAGGGAGACCAGACCCAAAUCGGGGAGCGGGGUGUCAUCCUCUCCGGAGGGCAGAAGCAGAGGAUCAGCGUGGCAAGAGCUUUGUAUCAGCAGACCAACGUCGUCUUUCUGGACGACCCAUUCUCUGCCUUAGACAUUCACUUGAGCGACCAUCUGAUGCAGGACGGUAUCCUCAAAAUGCUGAGAGAGGAGAAAAGGACCGUCGUGUUGGUCACGCACAAAUUACAAUACCUGCUGCAUGCCGACUGGAUUAUUGCAAUGAAAGAUGGCAGCAUUCAAACCGAAGGCACGUUAAAGGACAUUCAAAAAUGCGAACCGGAACUCUUUGACCAAUGGAAGACGUUGAUGCACCGGCAGGACCAAGAGUUUGAAACGGAAACAGUAGCAUCAAGCAUGACCGAUUUGGAGAGGAAAAACCUGCGUAGGGCAAUGUAUUCCAGAGAGGCCGCCAAGACAGAGGAGGAUGAGGAAGGUGGGACGCCCACCUGGACCCCAGCUAUCCCUGCAACCGACGUGACACACCGCGGGAAAGAGUCGUUGGAGAGUGACGAUGAGGACAGCCUGUCGCAGGUAAUGCGCCAGCGAGCCACCAUCCCCUGGCGCUCCUGCGGCACCUACCUGUCCUCGGCCGGGAUCCUCCUUCUCACCCUGCUCCUCCUGUCGCAGCUCCUAAAGCACACGCUCAUGGUGUCCAUCGACUACUGGCUGGCGCACUGGACUUCGCGCGUCAUUGCCGCCAAGUCGGACGCCAACGCGCGCAAUUGUACGCUUGUUCAGGACUGCGGUUUCAGCCACCGGCGCUAUCUGUCGGUGUUCAGCGUCUUGUGCUGCCUCGGCAUUAUUCUGUGUUUAGCCACUUCGGUGGCGGUGGAGUGGACCGGCCUCAGCGUGGCCAAGGAGCUUCACCAGAACCUCCUCAACAAGAUCACCUUGGCCCCCAUGAGAUUAUUUGAGACCACGCCACUGGGCAGCAUCCUCAACCGCUUCUCCACCGAUACCAACACCAUCGACCAGCACAUCCCGACCACACUGGAGUGUCUGUCUCGCUCCACCUUGCUGUGCGUGUCGGCCCUGGGGGUGAUUUCCUACGUCACCCCUGUCUUCCUGGUGGCGCUCCUGCCGCUGGCUGUCACUUGCUACUUCAUCCAGAAAUACUUUCGGGUGGCUUCCAGAGACCUGCAGCAACUUGAAGACAGCACCCAACUCCCUUUGCUCUCCCACUUCUCCGAAACGGUGGAGGGACUCACCACCAUUCGAGCCCUCAGGUACGAGCCCCGGUUCCGACAGAGGUUACUUCAGUUCACCGACGCCAACAACAUCGCCUCGCUCUUCCUCACCGCGGCCAAUCGCUGGCUGGAGGUCCGCAUGGAAUAUAUCGGGACAUGCGUGGUGUUGGUCGCCGCCGUUGCUUCCAUCAGCAAUUCGCUCUACGAUCAGCUGUCUCCUGGAUUGGUGGGGCUGGGCCUCACUUAUGCACUCAUGGUGUCCAACUACCUGAACUGGAUGGUGCGUAACCUGGCAGACAUGGAAGUCCAGUUGGGAUCCGUCAAGAGAAUCAACGGGCUGCUGAAAACAGAACCGGAGAAUUACGAGGGUUUGCUCAGCCCGUCUCAGGUCCCCGAGGGCUGGCCCCGACACGGCGAGAUUCAGAUCCAGAACCUGAGCGUGCGUUACGACACCACGCUUAAACCCGUGCUGAAAAACGUCCACGCGCACAUCAGUCCGGGACAGAAGGUGGGGAUCUGUGGUCGUACGGGAAGUGGCAAAUCUUCCUUCUCCCUGGCCUUUUUUCGCAUGGUGGACAUGUUUGAAGGGAGGAUCGUAAUCGACCACAUCGAUAUCGCCAAAUUGCCUCUUCAGACGCUGCGCUCUCGCCUCUCCAUCAUCCUGCAAGACCCCAUCCUCUUCAGCGGAACCAUCCGGUUUAACCUGGACCCAGAAAUGAAAGCCACGGACGAGAUGCUUUGGGAAGCUUUGGAGAUUGCUCAACUCAAGCCCGUGGUCAAAUCGCUACCAGGCGGACUAGACGCCAACGUGACGGAAGGAGGAGAAAACUUCAGCCAGGGUCAGCGUCAGCUCUUCUGCUUGGCUCGCGCCUUCGUCAGGAAGAGCAGCAUCCUCAUCAUGGACGAAGCCACGGCAUCCAUCGACAUGGCCACGGAGAGCAUCUUGCAGAAAGUGGUGAUGACGGCGUUCGCCGACAGGACGGUGGUCACCAUAGCGCACCGCGUCCACACCAUCUUAAACGCCGAUUCUGUGAUCGUGAUGAAGCGGGGGCUGAUCCUGGAGCACGACCGACCGGGAGCGCUGCUGGACAAGCCGGACAGCGUCUUCGCCUCCUUCGUGCAAGCCGACAAGUAG